AUGACAAGUCUGAAUGGUAGCCAUGCCGAAAAAACCACUGACAUGCCAAAACCAUCAGCCCCCAGAGUGCACGUGCAGAGAUCCGUGUCCCGAGACACCAUCGCCAUUCACUUCUCGGCAUCCGGGGAGGAGGAGGAGGAGGAGGAAGAGGAGUUCAGGGAGUACUUUGAGGAGGGGCUGGAUGACCAAAGCAUCGUAACGGGGCUCGAGGCCAAGGAAGACCUCUAUCUUGGCCAUGACCCUGCUGCCUCGCCCACCCUGGCAGAUGGACUGCCCGUGUCCGAGCUCCCUGCCAUUUUGCCCAUCUCUGAGAACACUGUAAAGCUGUUGGAGUCCCCUCCUCCGGCAGUUCAAGUAUUAAGUACAGUGCCAUUGGCUCUGUCCCCAGGGUCGUCUUCGUCGGGGCCCUUAGCUAGCUCUCCCAGUGUGUCAUCCCUUUCUGAGCAGAAAACCAGUUCUUCCUCCCCGUUGUCCUCUCCUUCCAAGUCUCCUGUCCUCUCGUCCAGUGCCUCAUCGUCGGCCCUCUCCAGCGCAAAGCCCUUCAUGAGCCUGGUGAAGUCCUUGUCCACAGAGGUGGAGCCAAAGGAGUCCCCACACCCCCCAAGGCACAGGCACCUGAUGAAGACCCUGGUCAAGUCUCUGUCCACAGACACUUCCAGGCAGGAGUCAGACACUGUGUCCUACAAGCCCCCCGACUCCAAGCUCAACUUGCACCUGUUCAAGCAGUUCACGCAGCCCCGGAACACAGGGGGAGAUUCCAAAACUGCGCCCUCUUCCCCACUGACGUCGCCCUCUGACACGCGCUCCUUUUUCAAAGUGCCCGAGAUGGAGGCGAAGAUCGAAGACACUAAACGACGCCUCUCUGAAGUCAUCUACGAGCCCUUCCAGCUCCUGAGCAAGAUCAUCGGGGAGGAAAGCAGCAGCCAUCGGCCCAAAGCCUUAUCUUCAAGUGCUUCCGAGCUCUCUAACCUGUCCAGCUUGAACGGCCACCUGGAAAGCAAUAACAACUACAGCAUCAAGGAAGAGGAGUGUGACUCUGAGGGCGAAGGCUACGGAAGCAACUCCAACAUCCCCAAAAGUGAGCCCCCCAAGCCAGCCGACGACCCCGCCAGAGAGGUGGAACCCAGAAGCACCCAGGUGAGCAGCAGUCUGAAGGACAUUGGCCUGAAGACCAGUUCUCUGGUUCUCGAGAAGUGUUCCUUGUCGGCCUUGGUGAGCAAAGAGGAUGACGAGUUUUGCGAACUGUACACCGAGGACUUCGAGUUAGAGACAGACGGGGAGAGCAAGGCUGACAAGCCCCCAGACCUCCCUCCCAGGUCAGAGGUGCUUGUGGACGAGGGGGGCGCUCUUGACAGCGAGGAGGAGGUGGACGCGGCCGAGCAGCACCAGGAGCUGCCAGUGAAGACCUUGGGCUUCUUUAUCAUGUGUGUCUACGGGUACCUCGUCCUCCCCCUCCCCCACUACGUCAGUGGACUCUUCCUGGGCAUCGGCCUUGGGUUCAUGACUGCAGUGUGCAUGAUUUGGUUUUUUACACCACCAAGUGCUCAUAGAUAUCACAGGUCCCGUAAGCACCUCCAGCACUGGAACACUAGACCUCUGGAUAUCAAAGAACCCGAAAUUUUAAAGGGAUGGAUGAAUGAGAUUUAUAACUAUGAUCCCGAAACUUACCACGCAACCCUGACACAUUCAGUGUUUGUUCGACUUGAAGGUGGAACCCUAAGACUUUCAAAGCCCAAUAAAAACAUAUCCAGGAGGGCCAGCUACAAUGAAACAAAGCCGGAGGUCACCUACAUCAGCCAGAAAAUCUACGACCUCUCAGACAGCAAGAUUUAUCUUGUACCUAAAAGUUUGGCUCGAAAACGAAUCUGGAAUAAAAAGUACCCCAUUUGUAUUGAGCUCGGGCGGCAGGAUGACUUUAUGUCCAAGGCCCAGGCCGAUAAGGAAACAUCUGAAGAGAAGCCACCACCAGCUGAGAAAGAGCUGACAGGCGAGGACUCUAAGAAGCCACCUCAGGAGGGAACAAGAUCUAGUCCCCGAGAUCAGAUACUGUAUCUGUUUGGGAGAACUGGCCGAGAAAAAGAGGAGUGGUUCAGGAGAUUUAUUCUGGCAUCUAAAUUGAAGUCGGAAAGCAAGAAGCCAUCUGGGGUGUCUGCAAAUAAGCCAGCUCCUUUCCAUCAUUUCUCUGCUUCAGGGGUUCUGUCCACACACAGCAGACACAACAGUCCCUCCGGGCACCUGACCCACAGCCGCAGCAGCAGCAAAGGCAGCGUGGAGGAGAUCAUGUCCCAGCCAAAGCAGAAAGAGCUGGUGGGUAGUUUGCGGCAGAAGAUGCUUCUGGACUACAGCGUGUACAUGGCCAGAUGUGUCCCUCAGGAAAGCCGAAGCCCCCAGAGGAGCCCUGUGCAGAGUGCCGAGAGCAGCCCCACCGCUGGGAAGAAGUUGCCAGAGGCUCAACCCGCUGAGGAGGAAGAACUGGAAGCCUGGGUGAACGCCUUGCUCGGAAGAAUAUUUUGGGACUUCUUGGGAGAGAAAUACUGGUCUGAUCUGGUGUCUAAGAAAAUCCAAAUGAAACUCAGCAAAAUAAAGCUCCCCUACUUUAUGAAUGAGCUGACGCUGACGGAACUUGACAUGGGGGUGGCUGUGCCAAAAAUCCUUCAGGCCUUCAAGCCUUACGUUGAUCACCAAGGACUCUGGAUUGAUUUGGAAAUGUCCUACAAUGGGUCCUUUCUGAUGACUCUCGAGACCAAAAUGAAUUUGACCAAACUAGGUAAAGAGCCUCUUGUUGAAGCCCUGAAGGUUGGAGAGAUUGGCAAAGAAGGUUGCAGGCCCAGAGUGUACUGUCUGGCCGACAGCGAUGAAGAAUCUUCCAGCGCUGGUUCCUCGGAUGAAGAUGACGCCCCAGAGCCCAGUGGGGGAGACAAACAGCUCCCCCCAGGGGCUGAAGGGUAUGUUGGAGGUCAUCGAACAAGCAAGAUCAUGAGAUUUGUGGAUAAAAUUACCAAGUCAAAAUAUUUCCAAAAAGCAACAGAGACAGAGUUUAUCAAAAAGAAGAUUGAGGAGGUGUCCAACACUCCCCUGCUGCUGACCGUGGAAGUGCAGGAAUGCAGAGGCACCUUGGCGGUGAACAUUCCUCCGCCCCCCACAGACCGGAUCUGGUACGGUUUCCGGAAGCCACCAUAUGUGGAGCUAAAAGCUCGGCCAAAACUCGGAGAGAGAGAAGUGACUUUGGUUCACGUGACAGACUGGAUAGAGAAGAAACUGGAGCAGGAGUUUCAGAAAGUUUUUGUCAUGCCAAACAUGGACGAUGUUUAUAUCCCGAUAAUGCACUCAGCCAUGGACCCACGCUCCGCGUCUUCUCUCCUCAAAGAGCCUGUUGUGGAGGCUGCUGAUCAGCCGUGA